AACAGAACUGGUCACUUCCCCUUGUUUCUCUGUUUUACAUAUCAACAAAAUCUAAUUCACUUGGCUUUCUCUUCCUUCUUAUCCUUAACCCUAACUUGAACUUCAAUCUCUCUAAUGGCGGAUCAGAGCAAGAACAACAACACUCCUGAGAUCUUCGAGCUCAACAAUGGAUCCAUGCAGGUCAAGAUCUCUAACUAUGGCGCCACCAUCACCUCCUUGUCUGUCCCCGACAAUAACGGUAAACUGGCUGAUGUAGUUCUCGGAUUUGACUCGGUGGAUCCAUAUGUGAACGGGCUUGCACCCUACUUCGGUUGCAUAGUUGGUCGUGUAGCAAAUCGGAUUAAAGAGGGCAAGUUUAGUCUCAAUGGAGUUGACUAUACUUUGCCCAUCAACAAUGGUCCCAACAGCCUCCACGGUGGCAACAAAGGUUUCGAUAAGAAGUUAUGGGAAGUCGCAGGAUACAAGAAAGACGGUGACAAACCUUUCAUCACAUUCAAAUAUCACAGCGCCGAUGGAGAAGAAGGCUAUCCCGGUGCGGUUACUGUCACGGUGACAUACACUCUCACGUCAGCCACGACCAUGAGACUCGACAUGGAGGCAGUUCCUGAGAACAAAGACACUCCCAUCAAUUUAGCUCAACAUACAUACUGGAACUUAUCGGGUCACGACUCAGGAAACAUUCUUGACCACAGGAUCCAAAUCUGGGGUUCUCAUAUCACCCCCGUGGAUCAACACUCAGUUCCUACAGGAGAGCUCUUACCGGUAAAAGGAACUCCUUUCGAUUUCACCGAGGAGAAACGGAUAGGAGAGCGUAUAGGAGAGGUGGGAAUUGGGUACGAUCACAACUACGUGUUGGACUGUCCUGAUCAAGAGAAAGUCGGGCUGAAACACGCGGCGAGGCUUAGAGACGGUGAGAGCUCAAGGGUGAUGGACUUGUGGACCGAUGCUCCCGGUGUGCAGUUUUAUACGGGGAACUAUGUGGAUGGAGUGGUGGGGAAAGGGAAUGCGGUUUAUGGGAAGCAUGCAGGUGUGUGCCUUGAGACGCAAGGGUUCCCGAACGCGAUUAACCAGAAGAGUUUCCCGUGUGUUGUGGUCAAGGCUGGUGAGAAGUACAAGCACACUAUGCUGUUUGAGUUUUCAGCUUGAGUGAAACUGGUGGUAGUGAUGCUGCUGGAUGGAUGUGUUUUUAGGUGUUAGAUUUUGGGAUAAAUAAAAUGCCGGUUCGUUGGUUCAUAGAACCGGAAAAGAGUAAUUGUAGUUUUAUCUUUUGUCACUAUGAUCUCCAUAUUGAAUUUCUUUUAGUACUGAUUUAUUAUUUUAUCAUAAAUUACAAAAUUUUUACAAUAA